CUCUCUCUCUCUCUCUCUCUCUCUCUCUCUCUCUCUCUCUCUCUCGCACACACGCUUGAAGAGAAAGAGAGGAGAGGACAUUCUCUUUGUACUGAAUAAAGAAGAGUUGACCGCCGUCCUUUUUUUUUUAUCCAAGCAGGGUUUGCAUGCUGUAAAUAGCCGUUUAAGCCGCGGUGACUCUUUUUACCCGGAACUGUCCGAGUGGGGCCGAGCUGCUCGGACAACAAAAGCGGCUCUUCUUCCUGAACCAGGGAUUUAAAAAUAUAUAUUUUUUUUAGAAUUUUCUUUCCCCGAUUUCCUCCAUCGCUGCCAGGCGAAAAAACAAUCGAGCGUCGCUUCCCAAACCCACCACCCCUACAUCUCCGAAUCUACUCGUCCGCCGCCGAACCGAGCGAGCAUGGCGGCCGUCACAAGCCCGGAGACAAGCCCUCAGCCCCGGGUGUAUUUCCAGACGCCGGCCGGCACCACGGAGGAGCCCGAGACCCCGGUCCGCAAGCAGGGACGCGUCACCGUCAAAUACGACCGGAAGGAGCUGAGGAAGCGACUCAACCUGGAGGAGUGGAUCAUCGACCAGCUGACAGACCUCUACGACUGCGAGGAGGAGGCCAUCCCAGAGCUGGAGAUAGACGUGGAUGAACUGCUGGACAUGCCUAGUGACGUGGAGCGAGCUGCCAGGGUCAAGGACUUGCUGGUGGACUGUUUCAAACCGACUGAGGACUUCAUCUCCGAGCUCCUGGACAAGAUCCGAGGGAUGCAGAAGCUCUCCACGCCUCAGAAGAAAUGAUGAUGCGCCGCCCUCCUUUCUCGCCCGCCUCCCUUCAUCCUUGUCUUCCUCUUUACCUCACCCCUCUUCUGUUAACUUCUUUCUAACAUCAUUGGACCUUUUCACCAAAUCUUCCAUCUGUCCACGGGAAACUAGGGUGAGGACCGAGCCUAUUGAAGUAUCCGUCGGGGGGUUUGAUAUUUACUGUAGACCACCUUGUUCUCCCACCAAUGUACACUUGAAGGUUCUCUCUGUCCACCGACAACAACACACGGUGUGUUUUUAGACCGGCGUCCACUGAGGAAAACGGGAUUUGUCUGUGGGAAUAUAUUUUUUUCCUCUCCGAUAAUGUGCACUGUGGUCCGUAAUGAAGGCCCGCACAUGUUCUGGGGGGGCGGGCGAGUCGGGGAAGUGUUUUCUGCUGUUCCGUACGAGAAAGUAGUUUUUUUUUUAGUAAAGGACUGGUUCCUGUUUUUCAAAGUCACUCGCUCUGACAGUCCUACAACGAAGCUGCCUUGUUGUUUUUAUGACGAUGAUUAUUUCCACUCUUCAACCCCUUUCCCAUGCUGCUAACUCUCCUCCCCUUUUCUGACCAUUUUUCAACCCACUUCAUUCUUCCGCGCUCAGCUCAUUGUGGUCGCAUGAGCGGAGGAAAAUGUCGUCCUCGUGGAGACUUUUCCCACGUCAUCGGUGGGCGGGGACAAAUGGAGGGCGCUGUUUCGCGUGAAAUGUGUUCUCCCCUCUUUUUGUUCGCCUCACAUGGGGGCGGAACCACACGAGUGUGUCUCCCACACAGCUGUGCGUGUGUACAAAUAGCUGCGGCUGUCAAUCACGUCCGAGCCGUCUGUUUCAAACCUCCAGCCAGCCAAUCAGGUCGGACACUUGUCAGGCGGCCAAUAGGAGAAGCACAAACGUUUGCUGCGAUUCUUGUGGUCUGUUACACACACACACACACACACACACACGCACACACACACACACACACACGCAUGCUCACGCACGCACACACACAACACACACACAUACACACACAUUCUUGUAUUUAUUACCUUCUUGAGACCUCCAAAAAAUGCCUACCUCUUUAGGACCACCCUUUCUAGAUAUAUAAAGAUUUUGGCAGUGUUAUAACAAAAGUCUUAAUUUUACUCAAUACAAGUCAAAAUUUCACAAGAGAAACCGAACAUUUGUGCAGUAUUAUGAUAAAAGUUGACAUUUUACUCAAUAACAGCCGCAAUUUUGCAAGAAAAGCUCAACAUUUUGGCAAUUUUAUGAAAAGAGUCGUAAUUUUACUCGACAAAAGUCACAGUUUUAUAAGAAAACUUUAAAAUGUUUGCAAUAUUAUAAAUGGCAAAAUGGCAAAACUUUAAAAUGACAAUAUUAUAAAUAAUAAUCGGAUUUUACGUGGCAAAAUUAUGACAAAAGUCAUCAUUUUACUUAACCUCUUAAGGCUGACGCUGUUUGUCGAAAUUUUGGCAGUGUUAUAACAAAAGUCGUAAUUUUACUCAACACAAGUCAAAAUUUCACAAGAGAAACAAAACAUUUGUGCAAUAUUAUGAUAAAAGUUGACAUUUUACUCAAUAACAGUCGCAAUUUUGCAAGAAAAGCUCAACAUUUUGGCAAUUUUAUGAAAAGAGUCGUAAUUUUACUCGACAAAAGAAACAGUUUUAUAAGAAAACUUUAAAAUGUUUGCAAUAUUAUAAAUGGCAAAACUUUAAAAUGACAAUAUUAUAAAUAAUAAUCGGAAUUUUACUUUGCAAAAUUAUGACAAAAGUCAUCAUUUUACUUAACCUCUUAAGGCCCACGCUGUUUUUUUACAUGCUUGUUUUAUUUCUCUUUGCUAUUUGGGCUUAUUGGACCCUAAUUAGAAUUCAAUCUUUUGAUAUGAUGUACUUAGUCCGUAAGUACACAAAUGUGUACUGCAUGUUUAGUGAUAUGCUGAUUCUUAUUUUUACCCUUUUUUUUCUCCAAAUUCCAUUGAAUGUUAUACUCUACUGACACCACCAGAUGGCAGUAUAAGUGCCCACAUAAGCGGCCAUAAUACCCCAAUUCAGUAGUGUACACAAUUUUGGAAAUAAGAGCUAAAAGGUGCUGUCCACGCAUGUGGCCACUAAGGUUAACAGAUGUCACUAUUUUACAAGAACAACAAAAAAAAUGUAUUGGGAUACAAGUCAGAAUUUUAGAUGACAAACGUCACCAUUUUGCAUUAAAAAGUGAUAAUUUCACAUCAAAAAGUUAUAAUUUUACGAGAACAUAUUGCAAUAUUACAAAAACAAAAGAAUAUGAGAAAUUGUUCCCAAUUUCAUAAGAAAAAAAUUGACACAUUGUGAGAAAAAGGUAAGCUUUUAGUUUAUUAUUAUUUUGUGUGGUUUGUAAUUGGUUUUUAAUCCUCAUUAUUUACUUCAAGUUAUUACAGUAUGUCUCUAUACACAUAUAUUUUUUAUUUUUUUUUAUUAUUUUGGCCAAAGGGUGCGCAUUUCAAUUUCUUACACACACUUGUUAUUUCAUAUGUUGAACAGAGGGGGAGCCAUUUUAAAACCGACACACAGUCCAUUUAAAAAAUUCCUCCUUUUUUGCACCACCCUAAUUUUGAUAGAUUUCACCACAAGGGUUGCAAAUGAGACAUUCUCUAUUAGAUUCAACGGUUUUCCGUAUUUGCACGAUGAUUUCGCUCCGAAAUUGUUCACCGGUCCUCAUAUGGAAGGUACUUUUCCUUGUUGAUGUCUCAGAAAGUGUAAAAAUACAACAACACACUCACACAUACACACACACACACAGACACGCACGCACAUACACACACACACUCCCUAUGUCUUCUCUCUCCUUAUUGUGUUUUUUUUUUCUUUGUUUUUAAAGAAACAGAUGUUGCCUUAGGUAUUAUUUAUGUAACACAAACCAAAUACACGUGAGACAUUUUUGUUGUUUUUAUUUGAAGAAAAAAGGUAACAACUGUAAAGUGCGUUACCCAGCAGACCUGUGGCACGUGGAAGAGUUUUUUUUAGUUUUUUUUUUUAGAAGUGAGUGUUUAAUACAUAGGCCUUGAUACAGUGAUCCUGUUUUGAUGAACAAUGUUCUUGACAUUUACCGUUUCAAUACUGGCGUGUGUGUGUUUUUAAAGUGAUCAUGAAACUAGUUUAAUGCCAGGCCUUGCAUUGAUUUACACUUACAGGAAACAAAAAUUCCGAGGUCUUUUUUGGGUGCGAUUGUAUUUGCCUUGUCUGCCAUGUUCCCAAACAAGUGCUGUUUGCAGUGCAAUCACAAUCGAAACUGGUGGAUUUUUCUUUCCACGUCCCAUUGGGAGUGAACCUUUCUAGACUGUUAUUAAGAAGUCUUGAGUUUUUUUUAAGGAAGGGAAUUGUCACUGCGACUUUAUAAACACAAGAGCUAAAUCAUGCAGGAUUGAAUCGAACCAAUAAACAAAUGUAGCAAUAUCAACAACAGGUAUUGUUUUUGCCCAAUUUUGUUACACUUUUAUGCAACUUUAAUAAAAACACAUGGAAAAAGUGAAA